GGCGACGUGCUCGGCGGUUACAAUAUUCCCGGCGGCACAUUCAUUGGCAUCAACUCCAAAGCCGCGCAGCUAGGCGACGUGUUCGGCGCCGAUGUCGAGGCGUUUCGGCCGGAGCGGUGGCUAGUCGAUGAUGUGGAGAGGGUAACAUUGAUGCGAAGGGACUUGGAGCUGGUGUUUAACUACGGGAGCACCAAGUGCCUUGGAAUGACUGUGGCGUGUAUGGAGAUGAACAAGGUUGUUUUUGAGGUAAGAGGUCGA